GCUCGCCGUCGCCCCGUUCUGUAGCUCGCUCCUUCGUCGGAGCACGGAAACUGCGCAUGCGUCCUGCCAGCCCCUCAGCCUUUGAAACUCGGACUGAGUUCAAUUAAGAGACCAUGUCCGCCAUCAGCCUCCUGCGCCUCUCUGUCUCCACAUUUAUACCAAAUUCUCCAUGAAAUAACAGUAACACGCGGCCGCAAGCAUGGCCAGCUCGGGUGCAGUUCAGGUGAAAUUAGAGCUUGGUCACCGUGCCCAAGUUAGAAAGAAACCUACCGUGGAGGGUUUUACACAUGACUGGACGGUGUUCGUCAGAGGACCGGAGCACAGCAACAUCCAGCACUUUGUGGAAAAAGUAGUUUUUCACCUGCAUGAAAGCUUCCCAAGACCAAAAAGAGUGUGCAAGGACCCCCCAUAUAAAGUGGAAGAGUCUGGUUAUGCUGGCUUCAUCCUGCCCAUCGAAGUUUAUUUUAAAAAUAAGGAAGAGCCCAAGAAAGUGCGCUUUGACUACGACCUGUUCCUGCACUUGGAGGGUCACCCACCCGUCAAUCACUUGCGUUGCGAGAAGCUCACCUUCAACAACCCCACGGAGGAGUUUCGCCGGAAGCUGCUGAAAGCCGGAGGGCAACGGGAUCCUCAUAAAAGAAGCACCGACGACUCUAAAGUGAUGGUCAUGCAGGAGGGCUCCACGUCCCUUUUUGGCCAGCACCUGAAGCUGCCCUCCCUCCCCAGCAGCUCCCUGAACCUGACCUUCUCCGAUGCCAAGAAGAGCAAAUCCUCUCACGGGUCAAAGGAUGGUUCCAAAAGCAGCAGCAGCGCUCUCACGACCACCACGACUAACAGCAGUGGCUCCUCUAAACUUCACAAACCCGUGAAAGAGCACAAAGACAAAUCCUCAAAAGACUCGAAAGAGCAUAAAAGUGCCUUCAAAGACUCUACCAGGGAGCCCGGUAGACUUUCCAAAGAAUCGUCCAAGAAACCCAAAGAGAAUCAGCCAGUUAGGGAUGACCAGCCAAUCCCCAAGUUGGGCUUCAAGGAGCCCAAGGGCUUGUCCAAGGACCACAAAUCGGACGCGAACCAGCCGCACGGAACGGGCAGCGUGCAGCACGGCACCAAAGCCCCCGGCAAGAGGCCGCAAGUGGCUGACGGCGGGGAGCACGUGACCAAAAAGCGGAAGAAGGGUCUCUCUGAGGUGCCGCUAAAACCUCCGCCGGGCUCCCCUCCAGCCCAACAGCACCACGUGGAGAAGAAGCCGCCCAAGGAGAAGCAUCCGUCCCAGGUGCGGCCUGCUAAGCUCAAGGUGGAUGGCGAGCCGCCGGAGCGAAAGAAGCCCCCCUCGCUGCCACCGUUCCAUGAAGUGGUGCACCCCAACGACUCUGACGUGGAGGACUUGUCCAACAAAUCAGAGUCGGAGCAGCCCAGUCCUGCCAGUUCCAGCUCGAGUUCCAGUGCAGGUUUUCCACCUGCCCACAAACGCCAAGUGCCGGACUUCGUCUGCCGGAACGCUGUAGCUGGUCCCACCACGGCCCGGACAGUACUGCCCCCCUUGCGGUCAAGAAUACCGGACCUGCAUUCGGACGAUGAGGACGAGUCUGCAGAAGAAGACUGCAACGACGGGGAGUCGGACCUGGAGCGGCCACUGCACACGCACCAGACGCACCGCCACCGCAGGGUGAGUUUGAGUGACGGCAGCGAGAGUGAGAGCAGCUCCGCCUCCUCACCGCUACCACACAACGAUCCCCCGCCGUUGCUGAAGGCGAGCGGCAAUCAGAUACUGGAAGUAAAAAGCCCAAUAAAACCGCCAAAACCAGAGAAAAAUAUGAAAAAUAUAGAUUGUGACAAGGCCUAUUUGGAUGAAUUGGUGGAGCUGCACAGAAGACUUAUGGCACUGAGAGAGAGACACAUACUACAGCAGGUAAGAAGAAGCUCAGACUGUUGUAAGGAUGUUCCUGGGGUGUGACGACUAGCUCUGAAAAACACACAAAAUGUAGAUGACAUCAGGCUAAUGAGUAACCAUGCAUACUGUCUCCUUAAAGGGGCAGUGCGCAUGAACUAUGCGGAAAUUAAUUAUCCAUUUGACAUCUUGAGGACACUUAAAUCAUCGUCCCUAGUGCUGACUGUAUUUAAAAUGAACAUUGUGCUUUCCAGCAGAUUCCAUCUUAAACACGUGGAGUUUAAUUACAAACCUAUCUUAAAAUUUGGAGAGAUUAUACAUCCUGGAAGUGUGGUAUCUCAGUUGGGACCCACCACUAUAGGGGCCACAAUAGGGGCCUGGAUACCCUGGCGGAUUCAGGGGCCACAGUAGGGGCAUGGAUACCCUGG